GCAAUCUGAGAACGAGAGGAAGAAAAGGGCCACCGGCUGCAAAAUGAUGUCUCUCAAGGAGCUGUGUGCCUAUGAAACCCCAUCCGUUGCUGAACUGCAGAACUUCCUGUUGGCUGACAGACGCCCCACUGGACAUGUCAACCACGUGUGGCCUAAUGUGUACAUUGGCAAUGAGGUUGCGGCGCGAGACAAGCCAAUGCUGUAUAAUAUGGGGAUCACACACAUUGUAAAUGCUGCCAGUGGACCGCCUCAUGUCAACACUGGACCCCGCUUUUACAGAGACAUGAAUAUAGAUUACUACGGAGUGGAAGCUGAUGAUUCCUUUGACUUUGCCAUAAGUGGGUUUUUCUAUGCAACAGCAAGGUUCAUAAGAGCUGCACUGUCGAAAAAUGGACGGGUGUUUGUCCACUGUCUGAUGGGAGUGAGCCGCUCUGCCACUCUGGUGUUGGCCUUCCUCAUGAUCUGUGAGGAUCUUACUCUAAUGGAGGCCAUUAAAGCUGUACGGCAACACAGGGACAUCUGCCCUAACCCUGGCUUUCUUAACCAGCUCCGACAUCUUGACAUGAGACUCGUCCGAGAGAGGAAGAAAAAACUGGAAGCUUACAAAUUGUAACUGAAAACUUGGUAACAAUGUGAUGAAUCCCAUUUCAAGAGCACGUCCCUAAAGAGCCUUCUCCCUCAUGGUUUUAUCCCUGUUCCACUGGGCCAGACGUUAUUUGCUAAUAUUUAUUGUGUCGCAAGGGCAAAAUGGAUAUUAGGAAGCUAAACUGAAUGGUUUCCCCUUAAAUAGUAAAUAACUUUUAAAGGGCAGCUGGGUCGCAAAAUAAAUGGCAGGUUUUUAAAUUUCUUCCAGAUGAGACAUACUUUGAACUUGUCUUAAAAUGAGCCAGCAAGUAUGUCUGUUUUUUUUUUUUUUUUACUGGAGUGAAAUGAAAUGGUUGUGGCUUGCUCUUUAUCAUGGGAAGGUGGAAGAGCCAUGCAUGGCUACAUGUCUUAAGGGUUGAUCCCCUGUAGUGAGUUUCUAAUGGGUAUCAUAUGCUCCAACAUAUUUCUGCUCAAAUCAAUUGGUGUCGUUGUGACUCACGGACAUUUAUGAUGACCAAACAAGAAUGAGAUGAUGAGAGAAUUUCCAGAGCAAAAAAAAUGUUUCUUAUCUUGCUGCUCUGAAAUAAAUUACACAGUAGCUCAGGA